AAAUUUCCUUAUCAACCACCUGGUUUGAUUAUUGAGACUUUUCCUAUCAUUAUAUGUUAAUGGCGCACCAAUUUAGUUUCACUUAAACGUGCGGCAUAUGCUUGAUUUUUUUUUUUUUUUUCUGUAGGUUUGUUACAUUUGCUUACUCGUAGAUCAAUAACACGAGGAUUGUUUCUUGUGUACUUGAUCUUAGUAGAUGUUAAGCAUGGGUUUCAGCGACGUUCAUUGCCGUAUUAAAUUGUUAACAACAAAGCGCUGCUUCUUCAGGGAUUAUCUAGCAGUUAGUCAGUCUGUGUAUUUCAGUACCAGUUUUAUGUAAUAUCCAUGGCAAGUCAUAUCAAGUAAGUCAAUAUUUUCGAUUUGAAAACAUCUUUAAACUUUCCGCUGUAAUAGCUCUAUUUCCCUUGGCUUGGUUUCUUUCCAGGCAAAUUAAGUUAACGAUUCAAGCUUCCUUAAUGUUUCAGGUACAGUCACGUGACGGCCACCGUGUUUGUGAUUGAUAGCUUUUUUUUUUUUUUUUUUUUUUUUUUUCUCAAUAACUCAUGGUGUUUUGCCAUCACAAGCUGUGAACCUAAACUGUGGUUAUAAGUGUAGUUGUUUAGCAUUAGAUGUCCAAGGAAAGUGGUCCCUCGAUCAGUCUCCUUAUCUUUCUGACUGAUACUGUCGUAGCAUCGUGCUUAGUAUCGCCUAUGCCAUUAUAUUGUACUUAAUUAUAAUUGUCAUCAUGUAGGUAGAUGCUCCAUAGUGUGUUUCUGUUGGUGCACCAACAUAAGCAAGGCUGUGGCCAGCAUGCUUGUUAAAAAAGGAGGCCAUGCCCACCUACCUAUGGACAUGCGUAGUUGUCUACAGAGAGAUGACUGUUGUCCUCUGCCCUGGUCGGUGUGUUAGAUGUGUUGGCUUGUUUAAUUUAAUUUUUUGGCUUUACAUAUACGUAGGUAGUCGUAUCGUUUUUUCAUUGUUUAUCCAGUUUUUUUUUUUUUCUAGAAUUUUAUCGGAAAUAUUGAUUCCCAACAAUUUUAUCGGAAAUAUAUUAAUUCCCAACAAAACAAUGGUAAAACGACAACGGGUAUUAUUUUAAGUUCAAGUUUAAGAACCCAACUUAAAAGAGUAGGUUAACUAGCAAGGAUCGAGCAGGAUCUGAAGUUCCGAACCACGGAGCGAGUGGAGCUACGUGGCCCAGACACACACGUGGGCUGGUUUCUCAGCAGCACAUAAGGAGACCACUUCAAUUCAUCCACCAACAGCUCCCGCUUACUACUUCAUGUGGACUUUCCAGCUAAGUACUCUGAGAAGGAUCAGGCCUGUGUACUGUUAGUUAUUUCAUAAAUAAGAAAGGACCCAGACCCAAUCCCAGUGGCACACUGCUCAUGACCUUUUUCUUUUCGGAUUUCUUCCAUUCACAAUCACACAUGGUUUCCUCUCACUCAAAAGAUGACUCAUUCCUGCCAAAUAGAAGUUCUCCAGUGAUAUUAUAAAUUCUGAUUCAUGCAAGUAACUUUCUGGGUAUCAAAAAGCUUUUUAUUAAAUCACAUCAAGCAUUGAUCUCUGGUAAAUACCCAUAUUAUUUUGCAAAUUAAGAUAACUGUAAUAUGCUUCAUAUACUUUCCAUUGCAAUAAAUUCCAUUACCUUGUUUAUAACACUGGUGAGACUAACGGGUCUGUAAUUCCAAGGGUCACUCUUGGCGUUUUUGUUAAUAUCACUGUUAUAGCGCUCUUCCAUUUCACAGGAACCUGUAUCUUCUCAGUGAGUUGUCAAGAAUAAUUAACAGUGGUUUUACCAGUUCCUUGGUUGCCUCUUUAGAUGAAAUCCAUCAAGUCCAGGGGAUUUGUUUCUCAUUAAAUUCAUGACCUUCAUUAUAUACCCCCUUGAGAAACAUAGUUAACAGUGAUGGGAUUUGUUUACUCUAACACUUUUCCUUAUGACUGUUUAUUGUCAUAAACAGUGUAGAGAAAAGACUCCUAGCCCUUUUGCUUUCCUGUCACAUGUCUUCUUGUUCUUGUCACCUCACACAUAGAGUUCUGUAAUUCCAGAUGCAGCCUAUGUCCUGAAGUGUAUGUUUCUAAAACAAGUGAUUACUGAAAAAAUGAGAAGUUAUGGAUUCUUUUUAUUUAAUGGAAUAUACAUAAACUAAAGACAGAUUUUAUUUUCUUUGGCUGUGGGAAAUUACCUUAGGAAACAGGUAAUGGCAAAAACAAAAAAUACAGGUAAAUUUAAAUGCAGUGGGUUGGGCUGUAACAGUGCAUAUGGCACUAACUGUGCUGCUAGUGCAGCUACCCUCAGUACUAUGUUUUAAAGAUUCUUGCCUCCUUUCAAUCAUGCUCUUGGUGUGGAUGUGGCUAAAGCCAGAAAAAGUACAGGCUAGAGUAAAAUCUGAGGUUCUAGUAGGAGGGACAAGCCACUUAGAGACAUAAUAUAGGAUAAAAGAAUAUAUGUGUGAAAGAGGUCUUACCGAAAAAGAGAGCUUUGACAAACAAGGAGGCUCUUCUAUGGCCACCUGUUUCAGUGAUGCCUGGAGAGGAAGGGUGACAGAGAGAAGUAGUUGGAAAAGUGAAUAAUCAAGGAGAAUUUGGAAUUUAAGUUACAUUUGUAUACAUCACACUUUAACUGAAAAUCUCAAUAACAGAGAAUCCCAGAACACACACAAGAAUAUAAGAAAAUAAGGGAAGCUGCAAGAAGCCAUCAGGCCUACAUGUGGCUGUUCCUGUAUGAGUUAUCUACCACUCUAUUUUGGGAACCAGUUCCUUCCUAUCUUUCUUAAACUUAAUCUCUUCAAGCUUGAAUCCAUUAUUUCUUGUUCUAUCCUGAUUAUUGACUUCGAAAAUUUUGCUUACAUCACCCUUGUUACAUCCCCUGUAUGACUUAAAGCCUUCUCUCAGAUCCCCUCUUAACCUAUGCCAAUCUAAGGAAUGUACAGGUUGCUACCCCCACCCCCACCCCCAUCCCCCCCAAAAAAAAAACAGGAAAUUUGGUAUGGUUUUUUAAUUGUUGGAAACAGAAAACAGUUGUUGUUAACAGAAACAUUGUUAAAAUAGCACAAAAACAAAUGUCAGAUGUGGUAUUCAAAAUGCUUUCCGUGGGCAGCUGCACAGUAAAAUACAUGGUAAAAUACAUGUGUAAAAUACAUAAUCUAAAUCUAAAAUUUCUUGUUUUUGUGUGGGUCACCCUGUAGAUUUAAAAGUUUCAGUCUCAUUUCAUAAGGAAUACCCCUCAUCUCCUGUAUCCUUUUAGUCAUUCACCUUGGUAGUGACCCUUCCUGUAAUAUGGGGACCAGAAAUGCACAACAUAAUCUGACCUGUGCCAAAUAUAACUUUAAUAUAACUUUGGGACUUCUUCUCUUAACACUCCCAAAAAUUAAUCCUAAUACCUGAUUUGCAUUAUUUCUGGUCUCUAUGCAUUGUUUUCAUAGAUAGAAAUACUCCUUACAGGUUUCUGGACUUAUCUUUAUCUUUUUCUUGGUAACUUGAAGUGAUAUCCAUAUAUAUUUAAUUGUAAUCCAUCAUCUGGAACUCUUCAAAUCCAGUAGUAGUAGUAGUAGUAGUAGUAGUUGUUUUUGUGAACUGAUGUCAGUGUAGUGUAACACUAUAUAUAUAUAUUGGAAUAGCAGAGGAUUGACACAAUGGGUUAUCCAUUAGUACAAGUUAAGUAUUUGUUUAUUUUUCUUAAAAUAUUCAAAAUUUAAAGAACACCAGAAUAGAGUAUAAACCAGGUUUGUGCUGUGGCCAUUCGCUUCGGGGAGGACCCUUGAGGGACUAGGCAUCAGAACUAAACAGCCAUACUCUGGGUUUAGCAAGUAAGUGAGGCCCAAACUGAAAGGUUUUAUUGUUUAUAAUUUACCAUGCACAAUAUUUAUUACCAUACGUUUGCAGGUUUAAUAAUGUCCCGAGAAACUGUAACCUUUGCACAGUCUGGGCCUACACCUGUUUGUGUGGAUGAGGGCACGCUUCCUUCACGUACAGGCUGCUACGUCAUUACUCUCACCUUCCCUCAGCCUACUCAGGUUGGAGAAAUCACCUUCAGGAACCACUACACCUGGGCUGUGGGUGUGCAUGUGCUACGAGCAACAUCAUCCACUUCUUCAUCAGGAGGUGUUGUAGGAGCUGGGCUGCUGGGUGGAGAGGCUGGGGGAGAUGCAGCCUGGGUGUGGAAAGAUCCAGCAGCAUGGCAGGUGGGUGUGAGGAACAAGGUCAUCAUGCCUCAUCCUCACACAGAGACUGCCAGCCAUGACUUUGUAUCUAUCACUUGUCUGGAGAGUCGCAUUGACUGGCAAGAUGUGAUUGGUAUGCGCCUGGUACUGCGCCAGCCAUCUCCGGUAUGGCGCACCUUCUUCAUUGAAGAGAUUACUGCUUACAGGGAACUUCCUCGUCUUCCCCCUUUCAGUGUCCCCAUUAUUACUCAGGAUGGACAAAGCUCAAGGAAUCAACAAGUGUCUAUAAUGGAACGUCUAGCACAGCAAACAAAAUGUGCCAUGCUCAUUCCAGAUGAUUCACUUGAGGGUGGACUCUCAAAUGGAGGCUAUGAUAUUGCAGCAUUACAGUACACCAGCUAGAUGAGUGGCAAAUAUUCUCCCACAAAAACUACUUUCUUGAUGUCUCGGUGGAUCAUUUACAAGUUACUGAAAGGUGACUUCCUUCAAGCAACUCAUUUGCAGGCAAAGAUUAGGAAAAAUGGACAAGGAAACUUUUCAUAGAAAAAAAAAGUUAGAUGGAAUGAUAACUAUGUAAAAUUAUACAGGAUAUUCACUGAUCUUUAUAAUAGUUCACUUCAGAAACUGAACAUUCUGAACAAAAUGUUCACUGCCAACACAUUAAUGUAUUAAUUAAAAUACAUUAAGAACUUUAGUAGACUAGAGAACAAGUCACUAAGUCAGAAAAGUCAUGAGUUUGGAGUAUUUUUAUUAAUUAUUUUUGCAGUAUACAAAGCACAUUCAGAAAUCAUUGCUUUGUUCAUUAAUAUUUCUGCAAGGAUUUAACACAAAUUUCUUAAGAUAUUAUUAAAUGUGAGAGUAUAAAUUAUUCAAAGAAGAAAAUGUUCUGUGCACAUAGUCACAGCAGACUGCUACUCUUUCAGCCAAAAUACAUACCAUCCUAAAUUAGGAGGGUAUUAAAUUUAGAUAGGCGAGUAGUAGUUAUGUUGGGUGUGUGUGACAUCUAUCCCCUGCAGCACGUGAUGGCAACCCUCAGUUUGGCUUCAGGCAGCUGAGGGAGUGAUGCACGACAUCAUAGUUCUGGUGUGGACUUGUCACCAACCCCAUGUUAGGCCUCCUUUUGUUUACUUUUAUUACAAAACAGGUAAAAUGAUAGCACUGCAUAAAGCAAACAUUGGUACAAACACAAUUGCUGAUGUUAGUGUUUGUGCCUGAACUGCAGGGUAGAGAAAUUCAUGGUGGUAGCCACUACCUGCCUGAACAUGCAGUUUGUGGCCAUGUUGCCAGGAAAAUAUCACCUAAAACCAUUCAUGUUAUCAAAAGGCAAUGCUAGACUCACUAACAGGAUUUUUUAAUGAUGUUAGGUGCAUGAUGAGACAGUGCUGUCAUUUAAGAUACUGUUUUUUCCUGUUUUGUAAUAAAAAUAAACGAGAGACCUAACAUGGGGGCAGUGACAAGUCCACACCAGAGCUGUGAUGAUGUGCAUCACUCCCUCAAAUGCCUGCAGCCAAAUUGAGGGUUGCCAUCAUGUGCUGCAGGGGACAUAGGAAAGAUUUCAUAUAUACAUACAGAACUACGCACCUAUCAGAAUUUGAUACCUACCUGAUUUAGGAUGGUAUUAUGUAUUUUGCCUGAUAGAGUACCACUUUGCUGUGACUAUGUGCACAGAACAUUUUCUACUUUGAAUAAUAUGUACCUUCAGCAGCAGUAUCUGCAGAACCUAGUGCACUUUCUCUCUCUCUCUCUCUCUCUCUCUCUCUCUCUCUCAGCCAUAGACCCAAAGUAUGUCCCCCACAGUAUGUUUACACACCACAGUCUCUCCAUCCUCUCUUGGUCACCCCUCCCCAUUCUCUCUCUCUCUCUCUCUCCUAUGCCAUCCUCAUGGUCUAGCAGAUUAGAAGUCACUAUCAGGAUUUUUCCUCCUUUGAAUGGAAAAACUGAACCAGGGCUACAAAGCAAGAUAUAAUAAUAUACAAUAAAUAAGCUUACCAAACAGGCCAGGAGAAACCCAGCUCCCAAAGUGAGCACUGUCAUGGAGAAGUCCUGAAUGUAGUAUCCAUACAACCAUCCUACUACCUGGAAAACAAAAAAAAAUUUUAAGAUUGUGGAUAAAUGAAAUCUUGAUAAAGAGUAUAAAGGCAGUAUCUCUGAGGAACCAAUAAUGCAUUAAAAAACCAAGUAGAACAGUAAAAAGGACUCUCUCUCUCUCUCUCUCUCUCUCUCUCUCUCUCUCUCUCUCUCUCUCUCUCUAUGUAAAUACACAUUUUCAAUCCCUAUUUCAUGUUUUCUUUGGUCCUAGUAUUCUGGCAGCCAAUCAGUAUUGCCUAAAAGUGUAUGUAUGAAUAUACAGGGUAGAACAGGAGUUUCUACAGAUAUUGCCAGGCAAUGAGGUGAAAGUACAGGUUAAUUUAAGUCAAAAAUGUUCUAUGCACAUAAGUAUUUUAAGGCACUGUUUAGCUAUGGUGUGAAUGAAAUUCAAAUGUGGCCUAGCAACAUACAACAGCUAGGCCAGGUGGGCAACCAUGGCAGAGAAACACCAUAUCCACACACACCACUCAUUUGCUACUAGCCUCGCUCCUUCCCACUUCGUGCCUGAGCAGACAAUGCAAGAUGCCACGCAACUUAUUAUUUUAUUUAUCAUUUAUUACAUCCAUAACCACUGUAAUGUUCAUCAGUAAAUCACCUCUGUUGCUAUCACUGGAAACCUCCAAAACUUGUAGAAAUCAUGACUAAACAAUUCACAAUUACACCAACGGACAUCAAGGUCUAAGCAUUCCACCAUAGUUAACUGCCUGGCCCAGCUGUUGUAUUUAUCACACUUGAAUUUCACACCAUGGUUAAACAUCGCCUCAAAAUGCCUAUGUGCAUAGAAAACUUUUGACUUAGAUUAACUUGUACUUUCACCAGUAGCAAUAUCCACAAAUUUGUGUUACACCCUGAAUUUGCAUUUCAGUAUUACUAUUUUACAACUCCCAUAAAAUCAAAAUAAAAUAGAAAUAAAAAAAAAAAUAAAAUAAAAUCAUAUUAAUUGUAAAGUCUGGUCACAAUAUUAUGCAAACAGGUUUUGCAAUACUACAUCAUCUGGUCUCGGCUGUGGAUUGUGAAAAAGGUGAAUAAAUCUUGGAUAUCUUCA